AUGAAUGAAGAACACAAUGAAUCUUCAUCAAGUGGAUGUGAACAUCAGAUGUGAGUUGACUUUCAUAAGUUUAUUCCUAGUUUUUUUCGCUUGGAUUAAAUGAAUCCAAAUAAAUUCAAUUUCGUUUUGUUUUCAGCGAAAUUCUGGUUUCGGCUGAUGCGACAACAAAUAAAAGACAAAAAACGAAUAAACAUGUUGAGACAGAAGUGCAUGAAUUAGGCUAUGAUCCGUUUUCGUACUGUGGCAGGAGGAUACAUGUUUUGGUAAGGGGGAUUCUGACUUUUGAAAACUGUUCAGAUAACCCAAAAAAAAAGCUAUUAAUUUUCCAAAUUUCAAAAACAUUCCAAAUUUCAAAAAGAAACCAAGUUGCCAGAAAACCCAGACAUUUUACAUAAAUUCUCUCUGAUGUUUUCUCAAGUCAAAAUAAUCUAUAAUUUCAGCUGCUAACAAAACUUGUGACAAUCUUCACAAUCCCAUUUUAUCUAUCAAUUAUCCUAUUCAUCUCAAUUUUUGGAAACGGAGUAUCAAUAAUGUUUGCCUGUAUUAUUCUUGGUAUGUUUUUCUAAAUCUUGAAAUCUGAUUUAUUUUUCAAGAAAAAAUAUCCGAAAACAUUUUGUUACAGGUUCCGUGAUAUUUUCUGCAAUUUAUGGCGCAUUUCACGGAGCAAAAAUGUGCUUGGUGCCAUUUGUAAUUCUUCAACUUGUAUUUCUGAUUUAUGAUGUGAUUUUGAUUUGUUUAUUAUUGAUAACUGCGGUGUUUCCGAGUUUGUACAUUUCAAAUUUGAUUGCGCAAGAAUUGAAUAUGCCACCGUUUCCAUUAAUACAGGGUUUGUUAAUUUAAAGAGAUAUGGAAAGAUCAAAUUGAAUAUUUCAGUGUUAUUUGGCUGGUGCCUCUUGUUGACACUUUUGCUUGCCCCUCUAGUCUGGACCACCCACGUUGUUUAUAUCGAUUUUCUGUUCAUCACUCAUGUGGAUGAAAUGCUACAUUUACUGAAAGAGGUGAGAUUUUAUAUUUUCAAGUUCAAGUUUCGAAAUAUUUGAAUUUCUAGGCAAAUCAAAAGGUUUCGCAAGAUGAUGCUUCACCAAAUCGAACAUAUUUCUAA